CGAAUUGCGGUUCGAGUCCUCUAGAGGCAGCAUGGGUGGUAGCUUGGUGAGAAACGAUGAAGAUGCCAAUCUUACCGAAUCCCUUUUGCCAAAAGAGGUGGCCGUUGUUCAUGGACGUCAUGAAGAAGACCAAACUCACGAGGAACACGAUUUUUGCAAGAAGCUGUGGAUUGAAACGAAGAAGCUAUGGCUCAUCGUGGGUCCCUCUAUCUUCAGCCGCGUGGCAGCAUUCACAAUGAACGUUGUUACCCAAGCCUUCGCCGGUCACCUCGGCGAUGUUGAACUCGCUGCCAUUUCUAUUGCCAACACCGUCAUCGUCGGCUUCAAUUUCGGCCUCCUCUUGGGGAUGGCGAGCGCGUUGGAGACACUGUGCGGGCAAGCGUUUGGGGCAAAGAGAUAUCACAUGUUGGGUGUGUACAUGCAGAGAUCAUGGAUUGUUCUCUUCCUCUGCUGUUUCCUGCUAUUGCCGUUUUAUGUUUUCGCCACACCGUUUCUGAAAUUCUUAGGACAACCGGAUGACGUGGCAGAGUGGAGUGGGGUUGUGGCUCUUUGGCUUAUACCGCUGCACUUCAGUUUUGCUUUUCAGUUCCCUCUGCAAAGGUUCCUGCAGUGCCAACUCAAGACCAAUGUCAUUGCUUGGGUUUCCUUGCUGGGUUUGAUUGUUAACGUGGUCACAAGCUGGCUCUUUAUAUAUGUGUGGGAUUUUGGACUUGUGGGUGCGGCUAUUUCUUUGGACAUCUCAUGGUGGGUUUUGGUGUUUGGCAUGUUUGCUUAUACUGCUUGUGGUGGAUGCCCUUUAACUUGGACCGGUUUUUCCUUGGAAGCCUUUUCUGGACUCUGGGAAUUUUUCAAACUCUCUGCUGCUUCUGGGGUCAUGCUCUGCUUAGAGAACUGGUACUACAGGAUACUGGUACUAAUGACUGGCCAGUUGGACAAUGCCACUAUUGCCGUUGAUGCCUUGUCUGUAUGUAUGACUAUUAAUGGUUGGGAAAUGAUGAUUCCACUGGCUUUCUUCGCCGGUACAGGAGUAAGGGUGGCGAUUGAGCUAGGCGCAGGCAAUGGGAAAUCAGCGAAAUUUGCAACGCAAGUAUCAGUGGCAGAAUCAUCGGUGAUUGGGCUCCUUUUCUGCGUAAUCAUAAUGGUAUUCCAUCAGCAGUUUGCAUACAUAUUCACCUCCAGCUCAUCUGUCCUUCAAGAAGUGGACCAUAUGUCAUUCCUCUUAGCAGUCACCAUUCUUCUCAACAGUGUUCAACCCGUUUUGUCAGGAGUGGCUGUUGGAUGCGGAUGGCAAGCUUUCGUAGCAUACGUAAAUAUUGGGUGCUACUACCUUAUUGGGCUUCCACUUGGAAUUCUCAUGGGAUGGGUCUUCAACAGUGGUGUGACGGGCAUUUGGGGAGGGAUGAUCUUUGGUGGCACGGCAAUCCAAACGCUGAUACUGAUCAUUAUAACAGUGCGAUCUGAUUGGGAAAAGGAGGCUGAAAAAGCUCGCUCAAGCGUAAAGAAAUGGUCAACCUCUAACCCUGAUGACCAAGUGAAAACCUCCAGUAUUUAGGGCAUGUUUGAAUUUUAUUUUUAAAAAUAGUUUUUUGAUUUUUUUUUUAAUAAAUAUUUGAUAAGACCUAUUUUAUAAAAA